AUGUGUUCAUCAACCUCUUCCUCAUCACUGAUGAAUACACCCACGACGAUGCAUCACUAUAACAGCAAUAAUAACAGUGGUGUUGCUGUUGUGGGUCGAAUGAAUAUGACAACGCCAUCACCGAUACAUGCUGUCAGAUGCCAAGACAUCAAUGCUCCAGACAAUUCAUCCAUGAAUUCGAGAAGAAACUCUACCACUUCGUCCACGACCUUGUCCUCGUCGAAUCUUGGUAAAUCAUCAUCAUCCAAAACAAACUUGACAAGUUCAAAUGGCAUUGAAAAACAAUCUAAGAGAAAAACAAACUCCAAACUGAAAGAAUUCACCACUGUCUUUGACAUUAAAAAGACAUCUGUCAGCUUUGUCUCGAGAAAUGGUGAGGAACAAAAGAAGACUCGACGAGCACAAGCUUCCAUCACCAAAGAAGAAAUUUUGAGGGUUCUUCACUUGUCUCAAACACAAGCAUGUAAUCAAAUUGGAUGUUCUCUGUCCACUCUGAAACGAAGAUUUUAUGAAUUGAAGGAUGACAUGGGUUUACAAAGAUGGCCUCAAUUCUAUGAAGAAAUCAAAGAUUUACCCAUUUUCCCUCAAGUCUAUCCCAUGUGUUUGGAAUUUAUAUUGAAUCGAGAGGAUGAAGAUCCAAUCACGAAAGUAACAACAACUGCAAAUCCUCCUCCUCCUCCUUCCAUUGUCGUGUCGAAUGUUGGUGGUGGCAUGCUGGACAAGAAUCAAAAAGUAUCCAGUCCUUGUACAAGCUCGACCUCAACUUGUUCGGCAUCUUGUUCUUCUUCUUUGAAUGGAAUUCAAACAGUCCAACCAAUGGCAAUAGCCUCUCCAAUACAGUAA